AUGAAAAGUUCAUAUUUUACACUUUUGUUGAGACUCUACCGUCCAUUUGCACGGAAUAGAGAUUUUGUAUGGGAGCCGAAGGAAGAGAGGGAGGAGGAGAAUGAAGGUAAGAAUGAAGCGAGGGGAAAGGAGGAAGUGAAGGAGGAGGUGAAUGAAGGGGAGGAUGAAGAGAGGGAAGAGGAAGAAGUUCAAGAGGAAGAGGAUGAAGAGAGGAAGAAGGGGAAGGAUAAGGUAGAAAAUGAAGGGAAGAAUGAAGAGAAAAAGGAAAAGAAAGACGUGGAAGAAGAGCAGGAGGAAGAGAUCAAUGAAGAAGAUCAAGACAACAAAGGGGAAGAGGAUGAAGAAAAGGAAGACGAGAAUGAAGAUGAGGAUGAGAAUGAAGACGAGGAAGAGAAUGAUGAUGAGGAUGAGAAUGAAGAUGAUGAAGAGGAUGAAGAGGAUGAUGAAGAGCAGCAAGAGGAAGCUAAUGAGGAGAAUAAUUUACAAUAUCCCUAUACAAUCCAAGAAUUUGAACUAAAAAAUGAUUGCUUAAUCAUGCUUUAUAAGGAAAAAUAUAUAAUUAAAAAAUUAAUUUUUGAAGAGUUUAUAAAGAAAGGAACUGUGGAUUUUACUAAAAUGUUUGGGAAAAAGAAGAAUGGUGGCAGGCCUAAGCUUAUUCGUGCUAAAUCGGUUGAAAUUCCAAUAAAGAAAAAUGAACCAGAAAAUGAACGUGUGUCUUCGGUGAUUUUUAAAUCUGCUGCAACCCUUAAAUCACGUUUUUCAAGCCUUCUUCCUUUCAACUAA